AGAGGCCACAUUAAGAACACACCAAAUUUAGAGGGACAAAUUUCAAUAAUAAUAAUAAAGUGGAUUUUUGUAUUAUUUCUUCCCCGUCUGCAGAACUUUUUUCACUGCCUGCAUGGUCACAGGGAUAGUGGGAAAAAUAAACGGGGAAUCACUCUCUCAGAAUAUAGGAAUUCCGACUCUAAAAUCUUCCAUUAGUUUCCUUUUGGACCUUCAAGUUACAAUCUUUUCGUAUUUUUCAUUUAGUAGCAUUCUUUGUUCCGUUGCUCUUCAAUUUCUUUAACUCUGUGUUGUUCUAUUUGAUUCUAACUGACUAAACUUUAUGCCAUAAUACGUUCAGUAGAUAAAUUUGUUGCUCUAAUUUUCAUAGCAAGACACAACUUUUUUUUUUUUUGUCUUUUGGUAUACCAAGGAGGGUUCUUUGAAUCUGCAUGCCAAGUGCUUGAUUAAAUUCUCCAUAGACCUGUGUUUGGAUUUUCUUAUGCUUGCGGAUUUGCCGUCUACUUCUGCUGCUCGAUUUUCGUUUUUCUUUUUUCCUUUCAGGAAUUUUGUUCUUGAAUGAGCAAUUGUUUGGAAAACUGCGAAAUUUAUGUGUAGUUAAGAACUAAGUAGGAGAGGACUAUUGAUCUAUUUAUUAAAUUUGAGCUGCAGAAAUUAAAGAAAGCAAAAGCAGGUUUGAGGAGAAUGUUGCCACAGAAGAUGAAGAAGGCUGUCACGGACAACCCUAAGAAGCUUGCUAAUUUAAUUGAUCUCGUAAAUCUUCCUUCAACACUUCGGGAGUUUGUGGGUCAGUCUCAAAUUUCUCGUUUGGGCUGUUUCAUACGUGUCUGGUCCUACAUCAAGACCAAUAAUCUCCAGGAUCCUAAUAACAAGAAUGUUGUCAACUGUGAUGAAAAGUUGAAGAGUAUUUUGUUGGGCAAGCCUCAGAUUGAUCUAGCUGAACUUCCGGCACUGAUCAAACUGCAUUUCCCCAAAGAGCCAAAGUAAGUUGCAAUUUGAGAUCAAGACAUCGAGCUAAUGCACAAAGCAUCUCACACUUGUGAGUCUGGAGAGGGUUGUUCUAUUUGCAUUUUUAACUGUGACUUUUAAAGAUAAGGUUCCAGUUUCAUAUUAAAGCUUGCUUCGCUUUAAUGAAUCUUUUUUCUCAGUGGGUUUUUAGGUUUUUUAUGUCAAA